CGAAACAAGAAGUCAAGAACCGACCUACAUAGACGUACGGUAUUGAACGAAAGCCGUCCGUUUUAUAUGUAAAUCGAGUUUGUGUGGUGAAGAGAAAUUUUCUAUCACCAUCUUAAAUCGGCCCUCCUUCUUGCCUCUCGAUAUCAUUUGCGUAUCAGCCCUCAUCAGUUUAAUUAAAGGACAAAGUGUUUGAUAGCUGGUUACUUCAUAUUCUACAACCUACAGCCAAGUUUCAUGUCUGAACUCGACGCGCAUAUUCCAACUGCUUUUGAUCCUUUUGCUGAGGCAAAUGCUGAGGACUCAGGUGCUGGGUCAAAAGAUUAUGUCCAUGUGCGUGUACAGCAACGUAAUGGGAGGAAAAGCCUGACUACUGUCCAAGGUUUAAAGAAGGAAUACAGCUACAACAAGAUUCUUAAGGAUCUUAAGAAAGAGUUCUGUUGUAAUGGUACUGUUGUCCAGGAUCCAGAGCUAGGCCAGGUCAUACAACUUCAGGGUGAUCAAAGGAAGAAUGUUUCCACCUUCCUGGUGCAGGCUGGUAUUGUGAAGAAGGAAGAUAUCAAGAUUCAUGGUUUCUAAAUAGCAGCAGAUCAUUUGCUAUUGAUACUUUACCUAAUAGCAUAUAUAAGUAGUACUUUGUUUCGCAAUACAGUGACAUGUCGCCUUGCAGCAUAAUGUUGCUGUUGCAUGUAGUUCAAAACAGUUGGAUGCAUUUCUACCGGUUUCUCGCAUAUGUUGAAGGAUUAUGGGUUAUUCCAACACCAUUAUACGGAAUAAUACUUUGUUGCGUUAUCUAUAUGAAUGUGUUCCCAGAAUUUGAUCAUUUGCGAUACCUUCUUGGUUUUGUAA